CUCCGCCGAGCAGCCGGAUCGGAGCAGUCGCUGCUGCCUUUGCCAUCCCAGCCCCAGCGAGGGAGCGAUCGGACUCGUGCGGGGGCUCCUUGGCUUGACCCCGCCAGCCAGGAUGAAGAUGUGGCUCGUGCCCGGCCUGCUGCUGCUCCUCAGGGCUGAAGGCGCAGAGGCGCUGGCCGAACCCGAGCUGUGCUACGUCCUGGACGCCGUCCUGUUCACCUACGGCAUCAUCCUCACAGUGCUCUACUGCCGCCUGAAGCUCCAGGUUCGAAAAGCAUCAAAAGCCGUCCCCAGCGCAGCCUAUAGCCAGAAAGAAGAAGGGAUCUAUACAGGGCUCAGCACUCAGAACCAGGAGACCUACGAAACCCUCCGGACCAAGCCCAAUUAGGAGCCCCAGGCGCAGCCUCUGCUGAAGGAGGUUGAAGGCGGAGCAGGUGUCCCAAGAGUGAUUUAUAUGAGUUCCUCCCCAGUCCCAGCAAAGAAACAACUUUGUUGAAACCAGUGGUUCCCAGUUGCCCCCACGUGCUGAAGUGUUGGGGGUGGGGGUGUUGUGCCCCUGCUCGUUUACAUGGUAGACAUCCCUCCCCCAGCUGUACAUUGCUCCGAGAUGCUACAGGAUCAGCCUUUCCUAUCCCGCCUCUCUCGUGUUUCUGGUGCUGAAGACCUGUAGAUGUUCUUUCCCUUGUGCCUGUCACCAAUGCCGCACAGCGAGUCUCUGGUGAGACAAAGAUGGGGUUCCAUGCACGGUUCCCUCCAGCAGCAAAGCACCUUGUCUACCCUCUACAGCCAAGAACUAUAAUGCAAACAUCUAACCCCCCUGAGCAUCUCUUGGAAACCCCUGGACCAAUGGAGCAUCAUAGAAUUGUAGGACUGGAAGGGACCUCGAGAGGUCAUCUAGUCCAGUUCCCUGCACUCAU